GUCAAGUGAAACAUUUGAUGUUGCUAAUACGUGUAGCAUAUGUGCCCCUCCAAUGAAGAUACACAAAUGUCAAACAUAUGAAAAAAUAAAAAAAAGGGGAUAUAUUUUAUAACAAAAUGAAAAUAUGAAAUUAAUUUUUUACCUUCUCAAAUGUGUUGUUAUUUUAAUAUAUUUACAUACGAUUUUUUUAGAAGCCAACGCUGUAACGAAGCUUAAAAACGUAAGAUUCUUCAUUCCUUUUGAAAAUAGUAGAGUGUUGCACAGGGAAAAAAAACGUACCCUAAAAAGUAAUAAUAUACAGAAAAUGGAAGUUCAGGGGAACUUAUUCAUUGACAUAGGGGCAAAUUUGACUGACAGGAUGUUUGAUGGAGUUUAUAGCAAGAAGAAGCAUGCGAAUGACCUGCAACACGUUUUGAAUAGAGCCAAGAAGAACAAUGUUGAGAAGAUUAUAAUCACGUGCACCUGCCUGGAGGACAUCGACAAAUCCCUGAAGAUUUGCGAAACAUACGAUCCGGAGGGCAAGUUCCUUUUUCUAACUGCUGGCGUGCACCCCACCAACUGCUACGAGUUCAUUGAUAAGAAUAUCAUGGAGGAAAAAGACAAGCAAGCAAAAAGGGAGUUUGAGGAAUUUAUUAACCAUUUUAAAAAUGUGAAAUGCGCGGUAGCGGAAAAUCCCAAACGUGACGACGACAAUGCGAAAGGACAUAACGCAAAUGCAGCUGAUGUUCAAAUAAAGGAGGAAAAGAAGCAUUCUAGUGAAACACCACAAGGGGAUGCGCUCAAAAUUCCUGGCUUCGUGUAUGACAAAAAGGAGCAAGAUUAUUUAGAGAAAUUGAAAAAAAAAAUAACAAAUCAUAGCAACAGAAUUGUAUCCAUUGGUGAAAUAGGCCUGGAUUUCGAUAGACUGUUUUUCUGCCCCAAAUAUAUUCAAAUUAAGUAUUUUAUAUAUCAGUUAAAAUUAGUGCAAAUGUUUAAAUUGCCCAUUUUUUUGCACAUGAGGAACUGUUCCGAUAUAUUUUUUGAAAUUCUGGACAAGUACAAGCCAUUAAUUGAAGGCGUUGGAGGAGUAAUUCAUAGUUUUACAGACAGGGAGGAGAUAAUUGAAAAAAUAAACACGUACAAAAAUUUAUACAUAGGGGUAAAUGGCUGUUCCUUAAAAACGCCUGAAAAUCUAAGUGCCGUGAAGAGAAUACCCCUAAAUCUUUUGCUCUUAGAAACGGACGCGCCGUGGUGUUCUAUAAAAAAAACGCAUGCCUCUUAUCACUUCAUUCAGGAGAAAUAUGAAAAACGGAAUUACACCAACUUGAAAAAAAUAAGAAACGUAAUCCAAUGUGAUGAUGAAACUAUUUUUAAGGAAAGGAACGAGCCCUACAAUAUCGUGGAUAUAGCCGAAAUCACGUAUAAAGUAAGGGGGGCCACCAUCCCGUUCGAUUCAUUUUGCAACAAGUAA